AUGGCGGUUCGUGCGACGAUUCCUCGCUUUCCAUCCGACCCCGACGCACAGGAGUCGUCGGGGCUGCCGUGGGGCGUGACGGUGACGCCGUUUGCGGCCAAGGACGAGAACGGAAACCCGCCGUUGUACGGAUCGGACGGCCAUUUGCUACCCAGGUGCGAGAAUUGCUGGGCCUAUUACAAUACCUACUGCGAACAAGAGCAGUGGGCCUGGUCUUGUGCUCUGUGUGGGACCCUCAAUGGCCUCUCGUCUCAGAUCAUCUCUAAAUACUCUCUCCCUGACUCUUGUCCCGAAAACAUGUCCUCCUUCAUCGAUCUCGAGUUGCCCAUUUGGGGUCAGUUCUUGUAUCAAUUAAUCAAAAAGUAUUUUUGUUGUUGGGUUGGUCUUGGAAGAGAAAAAUCUGAAAGGUUCAAAUUGUUGUAUUGUUCUCCCUUGUUGGGAAAGCCAAAGAAUAAGUGAAAUGUACAAAUUCAAUAGUUUUUGAUUCUGUACUGUUUGGUUUCUUCAGAAUGCAAUAGCAAGGCUAAAAUUUAAAGCUUAUGAUUCUGUGGUGCUUUGGUUUGGUUUCCAAGUAAUCGAAAAACGAGGCUAAUUUGGAAUAAUUGUUGAUUAUGAUUGAAUACU